ACAACCAUACGGACGCUUACUUUUGCAACUACUGUACUCAGACAUACGUAAACAAGAAAAUAAAAUAUAAAACUUUCAAAACACUACUCGGCCCGAAAAAUAUUUGGUCCUGAUUGACGGCGGAACAAAAAGUGAUAGCCUGAGAUUGUCAUUACAGGAGACAUUAUGGACGAACACUCAGCUUCAGGUGGAGAAAUAGGAGGCAAUGUCGUCUUCACCUCACAGUCAUCACUCGACUCAUUAUCGCAAGUUGCAAGCCCUGUACGAGAUCUUCUGCGUCAUCCGAACAGCAUUGCCAGAUGUCGUGAAAAUCCUCUGACGGGGAAAGGAAAGCGCAUACAGUUGGCAAAGAUGUUGUUUUUAACCCUGAUUCCCAUCUUGUCUCUGGCUGUUCUCGCUGUCAUCAAUCUGCAUGGAAUUUUCUAUACCAACAGCAUCGACACCGAGGUUCGAAAUGUAAUUGGAUUUAGUCGCGACAUCGGCGUUCUACUUAGUCAGCUUCAAAGAGAAAGAGACAUGUCAGCUCUCUACGUGAGCCUUAUUGGACCAGAGGACAAAGCUUAUCUUACAGAGACCUAUCCACUAACCGAUGCAGCACUUGAGUACCUAGAUAGUUGGCCGGUAAAGACAAGUGUGUUAAAAGAACUUCAAUUCUUUCGUAAAAAGCAUGACUUCAAGCUACAUCUAGCUCGUCACCGUCAGCAUUUACAUCGCAGCAAUACAACCGUUUAUGCGGAAAUCGAAUUUUACACAGAGCUACUCCAGAUCUUUAUUGACUGGCUGUAUGAAAGCAUCGGUAACUCAAAAGGACAUGGCAUGUGGCAGACUUUAGUAGCAUAUCAAUUCCUUAUUGUCAGCAAUGUUGACAGAGGUAUUGAGCGGACACUUGGCUCAAUUUUCUUUACUCUUGGCGGCUUUGACGAACACGAAGACUUCGUCUGGUAUCUCGAUAAAUCUAACGUCGGAACAUGGAAUUUUAAAGCAUCAAUGAGCUAUUCUACAUUGGUCACAGAAUUCUAUAACAAGGAAAUGCAUCAACUUGAUUUGAACGUAACGCAAAUGAUCGAAGAAAUGAGAUUGAUAAUUCUCCAAAACAACGCUGACAUGCGAACUCCAAACUUUGACGAGGCGAAAAGGUGGUUUGAUCUCAUGACAGUAUAUAUCAAUAUCUUUGAGAAUGUACAAAAGGACAUGGCAGAAGAAAUUCUUAUUCGUCUUAAUCAUGAACUAAAGGGGGAUCAACAAGCCAUCGCUAUUAGCAUUAUUGUAGUCAUCAUCGUGUCUAUCCUCUGCCCACUCACACUUCGGUCAAUCUGGGCCCUUACAACAGAUAUCCAAAGCUAUGCCUUUACUCUGGCGGCACAGACAAAAGAUUUAAACAAGGAGAAAAAGAGAUCUAAUUGGCUGCUUUAUUCUAUGCUGCCGAAACCUGUCGUUGAACAACUGAUGCUCAAAAUGGAUGUUAAAGCAGAGUUUUUCGAUAAUGCAACUGUCUUCUUUUCUGAUAUUGUCGGAUUUAAUCAACUUUGCAAUAAAUUUUCUCCUUUGCAGGUUGUCCAAAUGCUUAAUGGUCUGUACUUAAUUUUCGAUUCGAGAAUUGAAAACUAUGACGUGUACAAAGUCGAAACGAUCAACGAGACAUAUAUGCUGGCAUCUGGUGUACCAAAACGAAAUGGAGCUAAACAUGUUAGUGAAAUUGCAACUGCAGCAUUAGAUGUACUCUACCACAUUAGUUUUCUUGAGGUGCCAGAUAAACUGCACACGAAAUUCAAGAUCAGAAUUGGAAUUCAUUCAGGACCAGUUGUGACAGGUGUUGUCGGUCUUAAGAUGCCUCGAUAUUGUCUGUUUGGUGAUACAGUAAAUACCGCUUCCAGGAUGCAGACUCAAGGAAUACCAAAUCGAAUUCAAUUGAGUAAAGCCUCAUACGAUUUGUUAUUGAAGUUUGGUGAAUUUCGAAUGUUGAAAAGAGGGGAGCUAGCUAUUAAGGGUAAAGGAGGAAUGACAACAUUUUGGUUGGUUGGUCGUCAGAAUUUUGACCAGCUUGUGUUGCCCGACAUUCAAAUACAGUCAACUAAUACCGACCGACAGAGCAUUCAUAAUCAUCGCUAUGAACAUCUUUAUGAUCAGAUGUGCACUGGUCGUAUUCAGGUGCGUGAUAGGAUAAAUGUUCUGAAGAUGUCACUACAAGAUGUAAACGAUCCACAUGAUUGAUCCACAAGUCCAAGUUACAAGUUUCAUUAAAUAUAUAAAUCUUUUAAUGUGUUUGCAUGCAGCUGUCCGAAACAAUCGGUUCCAUGGGUUUCCAAACUAGGGUCGGUGGGAAGUUGAAUCGUAAAUUCGAAAACAACAGUUUAUACUUCAAAUAUUUUCCGAUUUUACUUUCUUUUCCUAAUAAUAAAAUCUGUAAGCAGGUACAUAGAUUUACCUUAUGCAUAUUUAGACUCAAAAUUAUUUAAUUAAUAUAGGCCUAUACAUAACAUGAAUAAUGCCGUAUACAAGUACUGUACAGUAAUGGUUUAUAAGAACGCAGUUACUUAUUGUUAAAUACUGGUUAGUCCUAUUCAUCGUCCCCCAAGAACACAAUUCGAUAUUAAACUCUUGCACCAUAUAAUACUAUCAGCAAGUAGAAGAUUAUAGAUAGGCCUAUAUGAGAUGUAUGUAUUUUGUGAUAAAGCACAGUGUGUUCUAAGCAAAGGUUAGAUUAAGCGUCUGGUGAAUGCAACUUAAAAAUAAAAAUAUGGAAUCAACAUUAAUGCAAUAGUACCGUGGAUUUCAAAUUACAGGACUAAUUAAAAUGGACAAAAAUAAUAAUGACAGGUAUGUCGGAAAUAGAAAAAAUUAAUAAGGCUAUAUAGAAAAGAAACACAAUAUUCUGUAACAAUGUUCCUACGUUUAAUCGUUGUUUACUGAGUAAAUGUUUUAUAGAUGACAGAGCGGGAAAAGGUAGGCCAAGGAUGCUGAAAACAAUAUAAAGGUGUAUCCAUAUGUUAGUACAAUAUUUGUUUAUGCUUACAUUUAUGUUUACAAUUGACGACGACAAAAUUGCGUCUUGUGAAUGUUACCCUAUUUAUAAAUGAUGGCGAUGGGGCUAAAAAGAAAAAAAAAAUAGUUUGUAAAAGUUUUUGUGUCAGUGUUUGAGUGUGCAUUGUUAGUUGUUUAUUUCAUGUUGGCUGAGUUAAUGAACAAUAAAAAUUAUUAAUACCAAU